AUGCGCGCGCACCCGGGGGGAGGCCGCUGCUGCCCGGAGCAGGAGGAGGGGGAGAGCGCGGCGGGCGGCAGCGGCGCCGGCGGCGACUCCGCCAUAGAGCAGGGGGGCCAGGGCAGCGCGCUCGCCCCGUCCCCGGUGAGCGGCGUGCGCAGGGAAGUCGCUCGGGGCGGCGGCCGUGGCCGGGGGCGGUGGAAGCAGGCGGGCCGGGGCGGCGGCGUCUGUGGCCGUGGCCGGGGCCGUGGCCGGGGACGGGGACGGGGCCGUGGCCGGGGACGGGGCCGCGGCCGUCCCCCGAGUGGCGGCAGCGGCCUUGGCGGCGACGGCGUCUGCGGCGGCGGCAGCGGUGGCGGCGGCGCCCCCCGGCGGGAGCCGGUCCCUUUCCCGUCGGGGAGCGCGGGACCGGGGCCCAGGGGACCCCGGGCCACGGAGAGCGGGAAGAGGAUGGACUGCCCGGCCCUCCCCCCCGGAUGGAAGAAGGAGGAAGUGAUCCGAAAAUCUGGGCUCAGUGCCGGCAAGAGCGAUGUCUACUACUUCAGUCCAAGUGGUAAGAAGUUCAGAAGCAAACCUCAGUUGGCAAGGUACCUGGGAAAUACUGUUGACCUCAGCAGUUUUGACUUCAGAACUGGAAAGAUGAUGCCUAGUAAAUUACAGAAGAACAAACAGAGACUGCGGAAUGAUCCUCUCAAUCAGAAUAAGGGUAAACCAGACUUAAAUACAACAUUGCCAAUUAGACAAACAGCAUCAAUUUUCAAACAACCAGUAACCAAAGUCACCAAUCAUCCUAAUAAUAAAGUGAAAUCAGACCCACAACGAAUGAACGAACAACCACGUCAGCUUUUCUGGGAGAAGAGGCUACAAGGACUUAGUGCAUCAGAUGUAACAGAACAGAUUAUAAAAACCAUGGAGCUACCCAAAGGCCUUCAAGGAGUUGGUCCAGGUAGUAAUGACGAGACCCUUUUAUCUGCUGUUGCCAGUGCUUUGCACACAAGCUCUGCUCCAAUCACAGGGCAAGUCUCCUCUGCUGUGGAAAAGAACCCCGCUGUUUGGCUCAACACAUCUCAACCCCUCUGCAAAGCUUUCAUUGUCACAGACGAAGACAUUAGGAAACAGGAAGAGCGAGUACAACAAGUGCGGAAGAAAUUGGAGGAAGCCCUGAUGGCAGACAUCUUGUCCCGAGCUGCUGACACUGAAGAGAUGGACAUUGAAAUGGACAGUGGAGAUGAAGCGUAA